GUUGACGUUAAUGAUUGAUCAUGUUAUAAGACAAUACACAUGUAUGAGUCCGAAAAUACAUAUAAACAAUGCCAACAGAAAGAUAUUUGACUUAGGACUAUUUAUCAAAUAUGAGCAUCACUACGAAAAUGGCAACCAGCUUUAGCACCGCCGUCAACAGAGGCGGUGGCGGUCUAAAGUUGCAGCCGCUGAAGCAGAUGUUGCCGCAGCUUCAAUCAAAGUGGAGAGAGCUUAAAUGGAUUGCUUGUCUCUUGGUUUUCACAUUUUUGCUGUCUCUAUUUUUCUACCAUAUAGCCUCACGUAUUCAGCCACGGCCUCUACCGCUACCGCAACAGUCUAGCAUUUCUGAUUUUGUGCCACCGUUCAUCACAGCCAAACCAAAAUCUAACAACACUAACAACUUUGAGGCUGAAGAUAGGGGAAACUUGGCAAGUAUUCUAAGAGAAGCAGCGAUGGAUGAGAAGACGGUGAUAGUGACUAUGAUGAAUAAAGCUUAUGCGGAGCGAAACUCAACUUUCGAUGUGUUUCUUGAGGGAUUUCGAGUGGGAAACGGCACCGAAAGGUUGCUCCGUCACGUUGUAGUGGUGUGUUUGGACGACAAAGCUUACUCACGGUGUGUGGAGGUCUUCCCUCACCGUUGCUUUAUGCUGAGGGCUACCGGAGUUGAUUUCUCCGGCGAGAGGCUGUUCAUGGUGGGGGAUUAUCUAGAGAUGAUGUGGCGUCGAACCGAGUUCUUGGGUUCUUUGCUUAAGCUCGGAUAUAACUUCCUCCUCACGGACGUGGAUACAGUGUGGCUUCGAGAUCCGUUUCCUAGAUUCAUUGCGGAUGCAGAUUUUCAGAUCGCUUGCGAUUCCUUCAACGGAAAUUUCAGCGACAACCGCAAUUAUGCUAAUGGCGGUUUCCUAUACGUGAUUGCCAAUUCCAGAACAAUCGAGCUCUACAACUAUUGGUAUGAGUCCAGACUGAGAUUCCCCGGAAAAAACGAGCAGGACGUAAUUAACAAGAUCAAAUACGAUCCAUACAUCAAGAAAAUCGGGCUCAAGAUGAGAUUUCUCGACACGACACACGUUGGAAAUUUCUGCCAACAAAACUGGGAUAUUACCAAAGUUUGCGUACUGCAUGGGAACUGUUGCAUUGGACAGGCUAAUAAGGUUAAGGAUUUAAGACAGGUUCUUGAGGAUUGGACGAGUUUUUUAUCCAGUGAAGACCCGACAAUAGGGUUUCGACAGCCGAUGAAUUGUCGGAGAAGUCUAAGGCGGAGGUGGUCUCACAAAGGUUGAUUUUUUAUGUUAGUUUAAUACAGAUCAACUCUAAUAAUAAUCUAUAUGUUUUUUUUUCUUCCAAAUGAAGCCAUGAAAUUACAUUUGAAAUCAUCAGGAUGGAAGUUGAAAUAGUAAAGAAAUUUUUUCUGAGUUCCAACAAACAUUCA